AUGCGUAAGAGGUUUCACGGUUUGAAGAAGCCCAAAGUCCGAGCCGACUGGUCAAAAUGGACUCUCUAUAACAUCUCGCGCCUAAACACUCCCUUCGCCGCUUCAAAGACCUUCUUCCAGCAGAAGUGGCUAGCAAAAUCCUUGACCCGUGCCUAUCAUGGUGAACAAAUUCGCGAAGGAAAAUGGACUCGCAUGUUCGACCGUCGCCUCCCCGCCGUCGUACCCAUGGAUUACAAACUUCUCGCCCGCACAGAUGGUUCCGAACAGGCUCAAGGUCGUGGCUCUGGUCUUAUCGUCACAAAGAAAAAGGAUGACUCGGAUCGAUCAGAAAGAGACCGACCUCCGCAAAGGACCCCCUACAUGCACAUGACAUAUUUCCCGACUGAGCGCAGAUUGGAUACUGCUGUUUGGCGUGCUCUAUUCGCCAGUAGUGCUCGUCAAGCCAGACAAUUCGUCGUCCACGGCUCCGUAAAGGUCAAUGGAAAGAAGAUGGUACACCCUGGUUACCUUCUCAACCCCGGCGAUAUGUUCUCAGUAGAUCCUGAGCGUGUUCUCUAUGCUACCGGCGCACGCAAGCACAACAAGAACUCCCCAGACACACUGCAAGGUCGCGAAGAGCCCGAUGAGGCCGAGCAAAUCGUGGACGAGGAUGCCGAAGACCUCGACGAGGCUGAAGUCCAGGACAAGGAAGAGAAAGCGGCCGCCAAAGCUGCCAAGACAAUUCCGUCAGCCGAUGAGGACCCCAAGGCUGCUCUCAAGUCGUUGCUUGCUCGUGCACAAGACAUUACUAGGGAAAGCAAGGACGGCUUGUCUGGCAAGCGCAAGCAGGAUCUACGCGCCUUUGCCAAGUCUGUCAAGCAAACCAUGUCUCGCCUACGACCUUCUGGCAUCGUCAAGCCAGGUACCGAGACCAUCGACACAUUGGAGGAGACGCUAAAGGCCAUCGCCGCCAAGGUUCCUGUUGAAGGUGCACCAGCUGAGGCUGCCCUACCCGAUCAGACAAAGCCAGUCAAGAGAGAAGACGCAUUCCGUGCUCGUAAGGACGCCGAGCUACUACACGCCGCACUUGCACGUGCAAACGAGAACCCGAUCGACGCAUCAAAGCCGUAUGCCACACCAUGGAGACCGCGUGAGUUCAUGAGUGCAUUUGCAUUCAUCCCGCGGUACCUGGAAGUCAACCAGAAGAUCUGCAGCGCAGUGUACCUCCGUCACCCAGUUGCCAGACCUGGAUUGGCAGAAGUGCCCACACCGUUUGCCAACGAGACAAUGGCUCUGGCAUUCAACUGGUAUCUCCGCAGACGUUGA